GCAAGAGACAAAGAAAUGUCAUAUAUAUAUAUACAAUUUAUGCUUAGGGGAUUGUCUUUUAAAGCAGGCAUCCGCCGUGGAUUCCUGACCCGUAAAAAAGGCCAGAUCCUUUCCCUCUGAAUUUCCCGGUGACUAUCCAUGACUUGAUAUAGAACAGUCAUUUCACUUCAUCCAUAUUGUCAAAUCUUUGUUAAACCGGGAACAGGGCAGGCACUUAUGACGUCACAUGAGCUUCCCUGUAUCUUAUUCGGGAAGGUGAUUACGCAUGCGUUAUUGUGAAUGGGAAGAGGGACAGCAUCAUGGCUGCCAAAGAUGGGCAUCUAUCAUACAUUGUGCAUCAGUGGUCAAGUUUUUCUGCAAAUUACAAUCCAAACAAUAUUCUUGAUGAUAAACCACAUGAUCAGUCUUCAAGAUGGUCCUCAGAUAGCAACUUCCCUCCUCAGUAUUUGAUUCUGAAAUUAACAAAACCUGCAAUUGUCACAACAAUCACAUUUGGUAAAUAUGAGAAAAGUCAUGUCUGCAACUUGAAGAAACUAAAGGUCUAUGGCGGAUUAAACACUGAGCACAUGAUUGAAAUCAUGUCAGGGGGCCUGAAAAAUGACAGUCUUAAAGAGACAUUCACACUAAAACACGAGUUAGAAAAGAAGAUGUUCCCAUGCAAGUUUGUCAAAAUCGUACCUCUCAUGGCAUGGGGCUCUAAUUUCAAUUUCAGUAUUUGGCAUGUGUCAUUAAAAGGCAUUGAUGACCCAGAGACAAUAAAGCCAUGUUUGAAGUGGUACAAAAAUUACAGGGAAAGGGAAGCAAUCAGGCUGUGUCUCAAGCAUUUUCGCCAAAAGAACUACAUAGAUGCAUUUGAUUCGCUUCAAAAGAGGACGAAGAUAUCUUUAGAGCACCCCAUGUUGACAGAGCUCCAUGCAUAUCUAGUUAAAGAUGGAAGAUUUGAAGGCACAGAGAGGAUUAUCGAGCAAGCUGGUGCAGAUGGCUUGUUUGAUGCCUUCAUCGCUCAACAAGAAUACGAACCCAAGUGGAUACCUAUUAUUCCUUUAAAUGAAGACGGUGAAGAGAGCACUCAUCGCCCAGGGAUGCGUGGGGGCCAUCAAAUGUGCAUCGAUGCGGAAGGCUCUGUCAUAUAUUUACUCGGAGGCUGGGAUGGUAUACAUGAUCUGUCAGACUUCUGGGCCUAUCACUGCAAUAGGGGGCAAUGGGAAUGUCUCUCACUUGAAACUGCGAGCGAUGGUGGACCGAGUGCACGAUCUUGUCACAAAAUAUGCCUUGAUACGAAACGACACACACUUUACACGCUGGGACGAUACCUUGAUUCUGAAACGAGAGCGAAUGCUGAUCUAAAGAGUGAUUUUUACCGUUAUGACCUUCAAACUGGCCAUUGGGAACGCAUCACAGAGGACACAGCCAAGGAAGGUGGCCCACAAUUGGUUUUUGAUCACCAGAUGAUAUUUGACCCUAUUACUGACAACAUCUUCGUGUUUGGUGGGAGAAUUCUCACAAACUCUUCAUUAGAUGACCGGUCGUUUGAGCCCCAGUUUAGCGGACUAUAUUCCUAUAAUAUACCAACAAACACAUGGAAAAAGCUGAGAGACGACACUAAUUCACGUGAGGCAGGUGAAAUGAAGUCCAGAAUAGGCCAUUCCAUGUUAUUUCACACGGAAGAACGCUUGCUGUAUAUUUUUGCCGGGCAGCGAGGAAAAGAAUUUCUCAGUGAUUUCUUUACGUACAGCGUGGAUACAGGGGAAGUUCGUAAUAUUUUGGAAAAAGGGGAAAGCAGGCAGAUUCCAGCCGCUGGUUUUACACAGAGGUCGACGAUUGAUUCAGAAUUGAACGAAAUUUACGUUUUAUCGGGUUUAAGCAAAGAUAAGGAAAAAAGGGAAGAAACAGUACGAAACUCUUUUUGGGUGCACGAUAUUAAACGAGGGAAAUGGUUCUGCGUUUAUCAGAACGAAAACAUGGGACAACAUUAUUGGACAAAGAUGCAAUAUGUUGAACCUUGUCCACGUUUCGCACAUCAACUUGUCUAUGAUUCCGUUAACAAAACACACUACUUGUUUGGUGGUAAUCCUGGAAAGUCUAGUCUUCCAAAAAUGCGACUGGAUGACUUUUGGAUGUUGAAACUUCAAAGGCCUAACCUCGAUUAUCUGGUUCGACGCUGCAAGUUUAUGAUAAGAAAACACAGGUAUCGGGAGUUAACCCAGCAAAACAAAAUAAAAGCAUUGUCAUACCUACAGACUGAGGUCUCGGAACUAGUUGAUCACACGGAUACAGCAGAGAGAAUGGAGUUUGAAUCGCUCGCCUCUACGUUAUUCUCACCAAAAAUAUCCUCAUCUGAUUCAAGUGCAUCAAGUGACGAUGAAGAUUUUGAAUCUUCCGUCGUUUCUUCUUCUGUACACAAACAUCGAGUUGAGCUUUUCGAUCGUUUGACAGCGUACUUUCCUGAAAAUAUGGUCCAACCUAAAGGAAACUUAGUAGACCUGAUGACUGUAUAGGUUUAAAAAUUGUCCAGUUAAUGUAUGGUAGUGAUUGUAUUGUUUUUUGUGAUUGUGCUUUUGUUGAGUUGUCGUUUAAUACAUUGUACAUAAAGCUGUAGAGAUAUUACAUUUGUUAACUGCAAUUUUAGAGUGGAACCUUUUGUUACAGAGUGCAACUUGAUAAAGUUUGUUUUAUUGAAUAACUACUACGCGAACUGUAUAUUGCGACUAAAUUUUGUAGUUUAAGUUCAGUUUUCUCUCUAUAUAUGAAAUUCCUUUUUAACUCAAAGCCUAGGGUUAAUCGAUAUUGUAGUUCAGGAGCCAUCGCCGGUGUCAUGUGACUUCAGUGAAAGUCAAGCGACGUAUCAGUGAAUUGGUUCCGUGACCACUCGCCCAGUUGAACCAGUUAGUGACAGGCAAUCGUAGUGCAAGAUAAGGCAAACCUUGGGCAUGCUAAGAAGUGCAAUGGUUUAGUCGCGCGACAAGAGCGAUUCAUUUGGCAACCAUCACUGAUAUGAGAGAGGUUAAGGGCAACAAAAUAUGAUAAAGUAAAACUUUUCAAAAAUAUUUUCCCUUUAUGAAUGAAAGGAUUAGGUAGCUUUCCUCUAAACAUUUAUUUUGAAAGUUGUACAGUUAUGGUGCUUUUUUGUCCGGUUGAAACGUGGCCACUUGUAAGGCCAAUUUUAACCACCCCAGCUGACACGCCCUUCAUCGAAAUUAUCAGAAUUCUUGCCCCACCUAAAAAUAUGCAAGUCACGAUUUAUACUCUUUAUAAUUUAAUGAUACUAUGUCGUGUAUAAAACCAUUUUUUACCAAGCAACCAUCCUCACGCUAAAAGACAAUAUUAGCAACGCAUUUUAAAUAACUAACGCAUUCAUAUAUAAUUUUUAUUCUCAUUUCGACCAUAGGAGUUUAUUUUUUUUAAUAUACUUGAAUAUUGUUGUAAUUCCACAAGACUUUAUGCCGGCUUAAAAAUAUAAAGUAUAUGUCAUAUUCUAUGGUAGCUUUUUCAUCUACCAGCUAUCGAUGAAUGAAACUUUGGAUGACGUAGGAAAGGCGAUUAAGGCUGUUCAUGUACUUCGGAAAUGGUAUAUCAUUGGCUAGUAAGGUAAACGAUAUCUGAUUUCAAAAUGGGUCCGUUCGCACCCCGUUCUCACUCUCCCUUUGCAACAGAAUUUUACCUAUAUUUAGUCACAUAGUCACUUUUGUUAAAAAUUUGACGGAUAUGCACCGCAGGAUGUUUUAUCCAGUGUCUGCCUUUUGAAGUAUCAUUGCAAAAUUAAUUUGUAUGUUUAGUAUUCUCCUCUUACUUGUCCUCCCAAGCAAGUGACUCACCAUUGUAACAUUAUCCCAAGUAAAGUUAUCCGAAGUAAUAAGCAAUAUAAUUUUUUGAAGCUUCUAUUAGUAAAUUUAGUUCUUUUAAAUCUUAUGUAAACCAUGGAAUCUUAAGUAUGCUCUAAUAAUAAGCCCAUUCGUUAGCCAUACUCUAGAAUUAUUCCUUUGUAUAAAGAGGUGCUUUCUGUAAUCCCAUUCUAGGAUGUUUUAAAUGUCAAAUUCGGUUCAAUGAAAUAUGUUUGAGAAGUUAGACUCGUUGCUUAACAUGAUUAGUUUUUUUUCAAAAAUGGGAAAAGAACAAUAUGGAAGCUUUCUUAAUUGUACUAGUUACAAAGGGUGGCCCUUCAUCCCAAACUCUUCUUUGUAUAAUGUGUUGGCCCGGUUAAUGUCGCAUAAAAAGAUCUGGCCUAAUCCCAAAAAUGAUGUGAAUUUUCUUUAGCGUAAAACAGUGUUGUUGUUAUGUGUUUGGCUGAUAUGUCUAGUGUCUUUUUCAAACGUUGUUUUGCUGUUUCUUGUAUACGUUAGCUUUAAAAAGAAAACCGUGUUGCCUCGGAAAUGAUUCGCUUUAAUGUUUCUUUUGGUGAGCGUAGUCUUUUGUAGAUUGCUUUUAAGUGUGUUUGUCUGGAUGGAGUAUCAUAAACGCAGAUGCAAAAACCA